UGAAAUAAUUUUAUGAUAUCAGUUGUUCACGUGAACUAGUAUAAAACUAGGAGGAAAAUGUGAAUUAACAUCAUUUACGGAUCAUCCGCCGAAGUAUAAAAAAUGUCAACUUUCACUUUCUUGUUGCUGUGCAUCCAAGCUUGCCUCAUCCAGCAAGCAUUCAGCCAAGCCCUGUAUGGUCUGGGCAGCGGCUACGGUUAUGGUGGAGUUGAGGCGAGCGCUGUUGACGUCAACGCUGUUGGCGGCUACGGCUACAACAAUGGCUUGGCCGGAAUUGGCGGCCUAGGAUUGACUAACGCUGGUGGCUUGGGAUUGGUUAACGCUGGUGGCAUAGGAUUGGCUGGAGCUGGACUCGGCAUCAACUCUGGACUCGGUCUUGGACUUAACGCUGCCGGGCUAGGCGUUUCUGGUCUCGGCGGACUCGGCAUCGCCGGCGGCUACGGCGGCGUGGGUAACGGCGCGCUCGCCGUCGGCGGAGAGCUGCCAGUUGCUGGCACCACGGUCGUCACUGGCGCCGUGCCAGUGCUCGGCGCUGUGAGCUUCAGCGGCAACUUGCCAGCUGCUGGCGCCGUCUCCAUCUCCGGCAACUGCGGAUGCGGUGGUGUUCCGUAUGGAGCUUACUAAACUUCCCAAUACUAAAAUAAACAUUUUCGCAUGCCAUUUUUAA